AUGCUGUUGCUGUGGCUACUGCUGUCGCUGCUGGACCGCAGCUGUGGCGCGCCAGCCGCCAGAGAGGUCUACAGGAUGCCUCAGAGCGCGCUCAAAGCUCUGUCAGACCGUGGUACAGUGGUGAUGGAGGCGGCCUUGACGAGUGCUCUCUCUGCUCUGGAUCGGGCCAUGUCAGAUCGUAGUCGGGCUGAGUCCGGGUGCCGGGGCUGCGUACCUUGCCUCUUUCAGGACUGCGGACAGCGCUCUGGUCCUUGCUCUUCCUCCUCCUCCUCCUCCUCCUCCUCCUCCUCGGACACAGCAACGGAGCCGUCCUGCGAGCUGGUGGCUCGGGCGCAGAAGUUGGGCAGCGAGGCGGAGCGCGGCUGGGCGCUGAGUCAGGCGUGCGGGUACUACCGGCGGCGCUGCCCGCCCUCGGAGGUGGGCAAGGAGAGCUGUGUGCGCAUCAUGGGCGAGAGCUGCAGUGCCCGCGUGCUCCAGUGCAGCCUACUCAACACCAUGCAGAACCUGGAGCCCGCCACGCAGACCAGGACACAAGCUGUGUGUGGGCAGCGCGUGCCCGCCGGACAGAACCUGACCCAGCCUCGCUCGCGGAUCGUGGGGGGGUCCCCUGCCUCCCCGGGCAGCUGGCCCUGGCUAGUGAACCUGCAGCUCGACGGCGCCCUCAUGUGUGGAGGAGUGCUAGUGGACAGCUCCUGGGUGGCCACUGCUGCGCAUUGCUUCGCUGGGAGUCGCAGUGAGAGCUACUGGACAGCUGUGGUGGGAGAGUUUGACAUCACAAAGACCGACCCUGAGGAGCAAGUCAUGAAGGUCAACCGCAUCAUCACUCACCCCAAGUUUAACCCUAAGACGUUCAACAAUGACAUUGCGCUGGUGGAGCUAAGCUCUCCGGUGCUGUUGUCGGAGCGGGUGACGCCCGUCUGCCUGCCCUCGGACAUGGAGCCUCCCGUGGGUAGCCCCUGCCUGGUGGCCGGCUGGGGAUCACAAUACGAGGAUGGGCCCGCUGCUGAUAUAGUGAUGGAGGCCAAGGUGCCCCUGCUUCCCCAGAGCACCUGUAAGACGUCCCUGGGCAAGGAGCUGGUCACCAACACCAUGUUCUGUGCCGGAUACCUCUCCGGGGGCAUAGACUCCUGCCAGGGAGAUUCUGGGGGUCCCCUGAUCUACCAGGACCGGAUGUCUGGGCGCUUCCAGCUCUACGGCAUCACCUCAUGGGGCGACGGCUGCGGAGAGAAGGGCAAGCCAGGCGUCUACACCCGGGUCACCGCCUUCGCAGACUGGAUCUCAGCUGAGAUACAGAAGUCCUUCAGCAGCAGGGAGCCGACGUGUCCGGAGCUCCUGAAGACGUCUGAGCUGGGUGAGGAGCACCAGAGCUCCGAGCUGCACUCCGUGUGCCGCUACUACGCCCUCUCCUGCCCACCCGGUCUCAGCGCGCACGCCUGCAGCCAGCUCGCGCACGACAAGUGCCAGAGCCGCUUCAAAAAGUGUCAACUGAAGUCCUUCAUCCAGACCCUGUUGGACCUUCUGCAGAGGGCGGAGGACUACAUCCGGGACAAGGUGGACCUGACCUUCUUCACCCAGACACUUCCCCAGUUGGUGGAGCACAUCUACAGCUCCACCCACACCAUACGCCACCGCAGGGACGCCACAGCAGAGCAGAUCAUGGCCACCGUCUCCCCUCCGGAUUCUGGGCUGCGCGCGCCACCACUGUUUGGGGCAGUGGGCCCCCUGGUGGAGGACUGGGCUAACUACCUGAGCCACAUGGCGGAGGAGCAGGAGCAGGAGCCGAGACACGAAGCACAGCAGGGCAGGAGACUGCAGAAGGAGGACGGCCUCUUCACACAGGGAGAGGAGUCGUCCCUGCUCCAGCUGGAUGGGGAAUACCGUGCCAUGAUCUCUCUCCUGCGCUCCAGCCUCGACUCCCGCGUCAUCCCCUCCCUCCCCGAACUCGACAAACACUUCUUCGAAAUCGACAGCGUCGCACGGAGCCCAUCGCUGAGCUCUGGAGAUAAGACCCCUCCCCCUCCUGUAGCUUCCGGACCACCAGAACCUCCCGUUCCUCCAUCGCAGCCCUCGUCAGGGAACCGCAAGGAGAACCCAGCUGGGGAACAGAACCCGUCCUCGACACCCUCCCUGAUGGAGCCUCUGACCCCACUGAUGCCCUUGGCUGUGGCCAGAGAGGGUGGUGCAGAGCGUGGGGAACAGGGGCAGCCUGGGCUGCAGGGUCAGCAGCAGCAGCAGCAGCAGCAGCAGCCCAGCAGAGGAGGCUCGCUGCUGCCCUCUGCUGGAAGUGGCCAGCCACAGCACAGGGGAUCACAGGAGGAGGAGAGAUGGGACUCAGGCCCGAACAUCUCCACCCAGCCACCGAGAGACAAAAACAGAAGAAGAAGAAGUCUGUACAGGAGGCAAGCUGACAAAGCAUGCCCCGGGGUAGCUGAAACAGUCCAGCACGUCACGGUAACCAAGGAGACGUAUGGCUGGGUGCUGGGCAUCCCCUCGAAGAAUCUCAACAUGAAUUUUCAGGAGGUGCUGGUUGACCUCACCUCUAAGAACGAGCGAGGGCUGUACGAGGCUCGCAUCAGGGCCACGGUGGCCGGACGACCUUUGACCUUCUACAGCCUUGUGGGCCUGGAGAAUGAGUCCUUCUACCGCAGCAUGCCGCGCAUCAUCGCACUGGCGCUCGACGCCCUCAAGACAUAGUGACACACAUACUUUA